AAAAACUGAAGAUGUCAGCCAAAGUAAGAUUGAAAGAGAUGUGAAAAGUUAGUUACAAAUAACUAAAAGGUUCUUUUCACCUCCCAUGGACUUUGUUUGCACUUGGCCAAGGGAUGUAUACCACAGAGUUUGGAAAACCCUGAUUUAAGUGUUCUGGCUUCCUUCAUUUUUUUUAAAUCUUAGAUCUGCUGCAUUUCAGAAUGAACCUAUUAUGUUCCCUGCUUAUGUUCCUGUUAUUCUUCAGAAUUCAGUUUGGAAAACCUGCAGGCAGCUAUUAUCCUCUAAAGAACUUCUGGCCUCAAGCUAAACCCUCCAGAGGCAAGGCCAACUGGAUCCACUGGGCUAAUGACAUCCCAUGUUCUGAAAGGAGCUUCAGCUCUGGCGAAGAAGGUCUGAAAUCCACAGUAACCCUUCUGUGCAAGCGGCAAGAGCAUCAAGUGCAGUUAUGGCCAGGGUUGCUUCCAACAAAAAGCAAGGGGGUUCCAUUACUGGAAGGGGCAUUGGUGUUAGAAGGGAGCCAGGAUCUCUCCACCUACAACUGGAAUUCCUUUGGGUUAAGAUAUGGAAAGAGGCAAGCAGUAAAAGCCCAGGAAAAAUCAAGAAAGCCUCAAGAAUAAUGGAGGGGGGGGAAUACAGGGGAGGGGAUGGUUU